AUGACUGUUAGCUCGAACCGCUCAAUCGCCAUCAUCGGCGUGGGAUCGACCAUGUCCCGCUCGCUUGCCCUUUGGCUCGCAAGUGUAGGAUGGAACAUUGCCCUCGUGUCUCGCUCUGUGAAUAGCCUGUCUAAAAUCGCCGACGAAGUCAAAGCCGCCCAGACAAACGCGGACGCCAAAGUGAUCUACCGUACCGCUGAUGCCGGCAACCCCGAUAGCUUGACAAGCACCCUGGAUUGGUGUGCCCAGCAGUUUUGUGGCAAGCUGGAUGUCUUGAACUACAAUGCCGCCUGUGUCGCCCCCUCGCACAUCACUAAAGUCACUCCGGAGGAGCUGAAUCUCGACCUCCAAGUCUCUGCAGUGGGUACCCUGGUCGCAGGCCAAUGGUUCACCCGCAACGCCAACACCGACAAUAUCCCCAAGGGUGAGUGGCCGCUCUUCUUGGUCACCGGCGGCACGCUCGACAGAGAGCCGCAGAUUUCCUGCUCUUCAUUGUCUGCUGCCAAGGCCGCAUCACAAACUAUCAGCCGUCUCUUUGCCCAGACACUCCCGCAGGAGGCUCGGGUUGUGGUCGGUAUGCCGCUGAUCCGCGCACGCAUUGUUGACCCGGAAACUGGUGGCUACACCGAGGGCUACCAUCCCGAUACCAUCAUCCAAACGGUGUUCAAGCCAUUCUUUGAGGAUCGUGAGAAGCUGCAGGGUGGAGUGGACAACUGA